AUGUCUAUCGUGGCAAUUUUGGGGAGCGGGGUCAUUGGCUUAAGUACAGCGUAUGAACUUUUGUUAUCACAAGAUCUGUGCCCCAAAGAGCUCCACAUCAUUGCGCAGCAUUUUCCUGGAGAACACCCAACCAGUCACGAAUAUACUUCAGCUUGGGCAGGUGCUCAUUUCAGACCUUUUCCCCACCGUCCCGAGACAUAUGAAAGUGAUGCCAGAGAAUCGCGCUACACGCGAGUCACUUACAAGUGGAUGAAAGACAUAGCUGCUCGCUUCCCGGAGUCUACAGUUCGACUCAUGCAAGGAAUUGAUUUUCUAGAGGAUCCGCCACAAGAAUACGACGGCGAUAGCCCAGGUUUCAAUAGCACGAGCUUGGAUGGUUUUCAAAAAUUGCCUCAGGCGGCUUUACCUCGAGGUGUCAGAGCUGGGUUCAAGUACAACACAUACUGCUUAAACGCUCCAGAAUAUUUGGGUUUUCUACAAGACCAAGUAAAACAGCUAUGUGAAUCACGAGGCGUCAGGUUAUUCCUUAGAAGAAUGACUUUACGGAGUUUAUCGCAAGUUCACGAUAUUUGUAUAGGAUUUUCGGUGUUAUUUAAUUGCUCCGGUAAAGGUCUUCAGUUUGAUGGAAGCUAUGACCCUAUGUGCUACGCAAUCCGAGGUCAAACUCUGCUUUUGAAUGCGCCUCAAAACACUAAGUAUGCCUCGCUUACGGUUACUACUCAGGAUAAAAAUGGUAACUGGACUUUCGUUAUCAAAAGGCCCACCAAAGAUGGACAAAACGAACAAUACAUACUGGGUGGUACAAAGCAAGCCAAUGACAAUAGCGUGAUCCCACGCGAUGCAGAUUCGCGUGCAAUACUAAAGAGAGGCCGCAUUUUAUAUCCAGAAUUAAUGAAAGGUAACGAAUUUUCCGUAGCCCUUGUAAACGUUGGCUUCAGACCCGCGAGAAAAGGUGGCAGCAGAGUGGAACUCGAGCGCUCAAUUCAUGGACCAGUGAUACAUUCGUACGGGUUUGGUGGCAUGGGCUUUGAGACUUCCUUGGGUGUUGCUGCCCAUUCUUUAAGAUUGUACCGAGAAUUCAUUGGCCGGGCCAAAUUGUGA